AUGGAUAGUUCAAACAUUGAACUUGACGAAUAUUCUUUUCCAGAGAUUGAACCAGACAUCUGGGCGCAGAUACGAGAAAAAGAAGAUUUGUAUGCCGCUGUUGAAGCAAAGGAGAGUGUAGAGGCAAGUACUGAAAGGUAUUUGCUGUACGGGCCACCCAAAGUCCCGGACGGCCAGGAGGACGGGGACACGACUAGCACAAUACGCAUCGAGCUAGAAGACGAGGAUAGUCUAGAGGAACCAGAAAGUAUCUGGGGCGCAUUCUCCGAGAUUGCAGACGCAGAUUGGCAAGACCUUGACAUUCCACCAUCAUCUCACGAUCCUUCUUCCUCCAUCACAUACCCGCCCAUCUAUUUUCUAUUCGACCAUUUUCCGUUUCAAGACGCGUCUGGUGACAUCGAAGACCUAUUCAUGUCAGGGAGAACGCUCAGUGAAGCCGGCAACUUGCUGAAAAAGUACAAGCGCAGUGGGUCUCUCUCCGUCACUAACAUUGCCGCACCUCUAUGGUGUCAGCAAAAGGUUUUUUACGACCUCGCCGGUCUCCAGAAGCUUGGAGCCGCCAAGCGCCCAACAGAAUUCAAAGUCGAGAGAAAAGUGAUCGUUGAUAAUAAGGCGGUCACCAAAGAGGUCGUUAUCAAGCCGGACAAGGCGGUAUACGAGAAAAGAGAAAAGGAUACAACUCGAGGACAGACGAUUCAUCAAAUCCUGGAACGUCAGGUAGUCCCAGAACGAGUCAUCAUUCCGUCAAAGUCCAAGGAAGAGCGGUUUGCUCUCAAGAUCCUCGAAAUGCUCACAGGUCUUAAUACCCUGUUGACUUCCCGACUUUGGCGCGAAAUGCCCGUGUUUGGGUUCCUUGAAAACAUUCCGGUCAACGGCAUAAUUGACGAGCUUCAAUUGGUCCCCUCAGGCAAGGGAAACACUAUACGCCUUAGUGACACGAAGACCAAGUCCACCAAAAUGAGAACGUUUGACGUCUUUGACAGUCACCGUCUUCAAUUGAUGCUGUACAAGCAUCUUUUGGAUGGUUUGCUCUCACCCAAGUUCAACUGGGACCACUUCUUCAAGUAUCACAAACUCGAUCCAGACUUGAUAUUCAGCGACCAUUUCCUUGCACAAAUGGUGACACUUGUCGAGUCAAAUCAACUAGGAGAGUUAGUUUCCUCCUGUCGGAAUCUGCAGAACCUCACAGUGGCAUGGUCAGAGGGGGUACGAGCAUUGGACAUUCGCAAGGGCAAGAGUGAUAGUAAACUCGCAGUGGUAUUCAGGUCAUUAGUGGAUGCCGAAGCUCCAGAGCGGCGACGAGUGCAGGCCCAGUCAACUGGUCGCUCUCCGUCGCCUGACCCAGUCGAUGGUGAAUCUGAAAUCCUCAGCAUUUCAGAAUUCAUGUAUAAUGCCAAGGAAAUGAAGGACUUUGUGCGGGUGGCGAUGGAUUUCUGGCUCGGUCUUCGUCCGAUAACGGGGGUGGGCCCAGAAGAGGCGUGGAAAUGCAACAGCUGCGAGUACAGGAAUGACUCUCUUGGAAAGCGUGCGAGCGAAAUGUCUUGGCAUGAUGUAUCAUCUUGCACCGUACCAUCGCUGAUGGUGGAAACUGGAAAUGCAAAGUCUGUCGAUGAAAAGCAACACGCUGUCCAGCCAAAGACGUCUCUUCCAAUUCUCCGUGUCUCAUCGAGUAUUGACCUCGAGGCCGGACGCGACGUGCCCCGUCCGUCAACGACGAGCCCCACGCUGACCAGAGGUCUCGCUCCUCCAGGCAUAUUCCACACCACAAAUGGAUCUAUUCCAGCGUCUACAACGUCUCUACCAGUCCAGGGCAUCGAACCAGCACCCACGCACCGACGUCGUAGAAAUCGCAGACGCAGGCAGCAAGCAGCCGCCACGGCAGGAGCUACUGCAGCGAUUGUAAACGCAUCUGGACCCCGUCAGCUAGUCAUGGAACCUCCCCGUCGCGCAAACUCGCUCCCGGUCGGUCCAGUGACCCGCCCAGAGCUUGGGCACACCCAGACACAGACGGCACAGCCGUUUGACUGGCUUAAAAAUCUAGACACACUUCUUAUCCCAAAGAAGAAGAUUGCCUCCCGCCCAACGCUCUCCCAGUGCUUCACGAAUACGCUCAAGUACUCCUGGCUGAAUGUCAUCUUGGUGCUUUUGCCCGUCAGUUGGGCCAUGCAUUUCACCCACCAGUCGGACACCCUCGUCUUCGUCUUUUCGUUCUUGUCAAUCAUUCCCCUUGCUGCGCUCCUUGGAUUUGCUACAGAAGAAUUGGCAAACUAUACUGGCCCCACUAUCGGUGGCCUGUUCAACGCGACAUUUGGUAAUGCCGUCGAACUCAUCAUUUCGAUUCUUGCCCUAGUCAAAGGACAGCUUCGCAUCGUUCAAGCUGCAAUGCUUGGGUCCAUCCUCAGUAACUGCCUUCUUGUGCUCGGCAUGUGUUUCCUUGCCGGAGGUCUUCGAUUCCACGAACAAGGCUACGGCGUGCGAAUAGCCCAGCAACACAUCUCCCUCCUGUCUCUUUGCGUCUUUUCUAUCUCAAUUCCAGCAGCUUUUAGUAGCUCCGUUCAUGUCUUGGAAGAAAAGGAAAUUUUGUCAAUAUCUCGCGCGACGUCGGUGAUCCUCUUGGUGUGCUAUCUGGCAUUCCUUGUGUUCCAACUUUGGACGCAUAGCUACUUGUACACCCUCGAGAGUUCCCGUCGCCACGCUGCCGUGACUUUCCUCGCCGGAGAAGAGGGUACGGCGGCGCCUCCAGUCGGGCAAAGCGUGUUCCGUGUAUCAUCCAUCUUCAGCCACAGUACUUCGGAUAGUUCAUCGCGCUCGCCCUCGUCGGACAAUCUCACCUCGCCUGUGACGCUCACCACGCACCAAGCACCUCCUCCUUUGAACGAAGAGGAAGAAGAGAAUCCGAAGCUGACGGUCAAGUUUGCUUUCGCACUCCUCUUGACUGUGACCGUCCUUACGGGCUUGACUGCCGAGUUUCUCGUCGACAGUAUCGACGGUCUCAUUUCGACUACGCGCGUCACCGAAGAGUUUGUCGCACUCAUCUUGUUACCCUUGGUUGGAAAUGCUGCCGAGCAUGUCACAGCCGUCACCGUUAGCGUGCGUAAUAAACUCGAUCUCGCACUUGCAGUGGCCGUCGGUAGCAGUAUCCAAAUCGCACUCUUCGUUCUUCCCUUCCUCGUCAUUCUUGGCUGGUGGAUUGGACAGCCGCUCAGCUUGAAUUUUGACACAUUCGAGAGCGUCGUCGUCGUCAUCUCUGUCAUUGUCGUCAACUUUGCUAUUAGCGACGGACGGACAAACUGGCUCGAGGGCUUUGUGCUCAUGGUCACUUAUGUACUAAUAGGCGCGUACCCUCAAGCGCCCUCUCUUGCACUAAGCUAA